CCUUAUCCACAAUCAUCCCCCACUCUGUUAAUAUAUUCCUCUCUUCUUCCCAAAUGGGUCUCUGCAAAAUCAACUAAGAAAAGCUUCGAAGAUCACACAGCCAUGGCGGAUAUUGCUAUUCUGGUCGCAGAGGAAUACGAGAGGAGGAUGAAGAAUCCAAGGCAAGAAGAGAAGGCGGCAGCAGAGGUUCAAGAUUUGGUUUCUGGGGUUUCCAUCUCUGCAACUGCGAGUAGGGUGAAGAAGAUGAUGGAAUUGGAAUUGGAAUUGGCCGAACGAAAUGAAUUCAAAUGGGUUUUUGAACCCAAAUCCCAAAUCGGGCGAGCCGCAUCCACUGGAUUCUUCUCCGCCUGAGUUCGUCUUCUUUGUAUUAUACUGUAAAUCUUUCCAAUUUGUGCAUUGUUUGUAAUCUUAUCCUUCUUAUACUUUGGAUUUUCUCUUUUAAGGCUGCUUUCUCACUCUGCCUAUGCUGGUUCGGCGACUCCUUCUUGUGGAUACCCGAGUUGAUGAUCCUUUUCAUUGCACUAAAACACGAACCAUUCCAUUUGAAAGUCUA